CCCCUGGCGGGGCGGCUUCGGCUCCGGCAGCACUGGAGGCGGCAGCAGCCCGGAGGGCGACUUGCAGGGCGCGCCAGCCGCGCGGGACCCGGGACGCUUUCCACCCCAGGGGGACCCUCCGCUGAUUCUCUCAGCCCCGGCGUCCCGUAGGAGCCCGCGGGACCCCCGGGCCGGCAGGGAGCGCCGGCGGCGGCCGCAGCACCAUGAGGCGAUGGUGGGGCGCGCUGCUGCUUGGCGCCCUGCUCUGCGCACACGGCCUAGCCAGCAACCUGGAGUGUGCUUGUGGUCGGAGCCACUUCACGUGUGCAGUGAGUGCCCUUGGCGAGUGUACCUGCAUCCCCGCCCAGUGGCAGUGUGAUGGCGACAAUGACUGCGGGGACCACAGCGACGAGGAUGGGUGUAUGCUGCCAACCUGUUCCCCUCUGGACUUCCACUGUGACAACGGCAAGUGUAUCCGCCGCUCCUGGGUGUGCGAUGGAGACAAUGACUGUGAAGAUGACUCUGACGAGCAGGACUGUCCCCCCCGGGAGUGUGAGGAGGAUGAGUUCCCCUGCCAGAACGGCUACUGCAUCCGGAGUCUGUGGCACUGUGAUGGAGACAACGACUGUGGUGACAACAGUGACGAGCAGUGUGACAUGCGCAAGUGCUCAGACAAGGAAUUCCGCUGCAGUGAUGGGAGCUGCAUUGCUGAGCAUUGGUACUGCGACGGAGACACGGACUGCAAAGACGGCUCUGACGAGGAGGGCUGCCCCUCGGCAGUGCCCUCUCCUCCUUGCAAUCUGGAGGAGUUCCAGUGUGCCUAUGGCCGCUGCAUCCUCGACAUCUACCACUGUGACGGAGAUGAUGACUGCGGAGACUGGUCGGACGAGUCUGACUGCUCUUCCCACCAGCCCUGCCGCGCUGGGGAAUUCAUGUGUGACAGUGGCCUGUGCAUCAACGCUGGCUGGCGCUGUGAUGGUGACGCAGACUGUGAUGACCAGUCUGAUGAACGCAACUGCACCACCUCCAUGUGCACAGCCGAACAGUUUCGCUGUCGGUCAGGCCGCUGUGUCCGUCUGUCCUGGCGCUGUGAUGGGGAGGAUGACUGUGCAGACAACAGUGAUGAGGAAAACUGUGAGAACACAGGAAGCCCCCAGUGUGCCUCUGACCAGUUCCUGUGUUGGAAUGGGCGUUGUAUUGGGCAGAGGAAGCUGUGCAAUGGGGUCAAUGACUGCGGUGACAACAGUGACGAAAGCCCACAGCAGAACUGUCGGCCCCGGACGGGUGAGGAGAACUGCAAUGUUAACAACGGUGGCUGUGCCCAGAAGUGCCAGACGGUUCGAGGGGCAGUGCAGUGUACCUGCCACACAGGCUACCGGCUCACAGAGGAUGGGAGAACAUGCCAGGAUGUGAAUGAAUGUGCUGAGGAGGGGUACUGCAGCCAGGGCUGCACAAACAGCGAGGGGGCUUUCCAGUGCUGGUGUGAAGCAGGUUAUGAGCUACGGCCUGACCGGCGCAGCUGCAAGGCUCUGGGGCCAGAACCUGUGCUACUGUUUGCCAAUCGUAUCGACAUCCGGCAGGUGCUCCCGCACCGCUCUGAAUACACACUGCUACUCAACAAUCUGGAGAACGCCAUUGCUCUUGACUUUCAUCACCGGCGGGAGCUGGUCUUCUGGUCUGAUGUCACCCUGGAUCGCAUCCUCCGUGCCAACCUUAAUGGCAGCAAUGUGGAGGAGGUUGUGUCUACUGGGCUAGAGAGCCCAGGGGGCCUGGCUGUGGAUUGGGUCCAUGACAAGCUCUACUGGACUGACUCUGGGACAUCGAGGAUUGAGGUGGCUAACCUGGAUGGGGGCCAUCGGAAGGUGCUGCUGUGGCAGAACCUGGAGAAGCCCAGGGCCAUUGCCCUGCACCCCAUGGAGGGAACCAUUUAUUGGACAGAUUGGGGCAACACUCCCCGCAUUGAGGCCUCCAGCAUGGAUGGCUCUGCGCGCCGCAUCAUUGCUGACACUCAUCUCUUCUGGCCCAAUGGCCUCACCAUCGACUAUGCUGGACGCCGUAUGUACUGGGUGGAUGCUAAACACCACGUCAUCGAGAGGGCCAAUCUAGAUGGGAGUCACCGCAAGGCUGUCAUUAGCCAGGGCCUCCCACAUCCCUUUGCCAUCACAGUUUUUGAAGACAGCUUGUAUUGGACAGACUGGCACACCAAGAGCAUCAAUAGUGCCAACAAGUUUACUGGGAAGAACCAGGAGAUCAUUCGUAACAAGCUGCACUUCCCUAUGGAUAUUCAUACCUUACACCCUCAGCGCCAGCCUGCAGGGAAAAACCGUUGUGGGGACAACAAUGGAGGCUGCACUCACCUGUGUCUACCCAGUGGCCAGAAUUACACCUGCGCCUGCCCCACUGGCUUCCGCAAGAUCAACAGCCACGCCUGUGCCCAGAGUCUUGACAAGUUCCUGCUUUUUGCCCGAAGGAUGGACAUCCGUCGGAUCAGCUUCGACACAGAGGACCUGUCCGACGAUGUCAUCCCACUGGCUGACGUGCGCAGUGCUGUGGCCCUGGACUGGGACUCCCGGGAUGACCACGUGUACUGGACCGAUGUCAGCACUGAUACCAUCAGCAGAGCCAAGUGGGAUGGAACAGGACAGGAGGUGGUAGUGGAUACCAGUUUGGAAAGCCCUGCUGGCCUGGCAAUUGAUUGGGUCACGAACAAGCUCUACUGGACAGAUGCAGGUACAGACCGAAUUGAAGUGGCGAACACAGACGGCAGCAUGAGGACAGUGCUCAUCUGGGAGAACCUUGAUCGUCCUCGGGACAUCGUGGUAGAGCCCACGGGCGGGUACAUGUAUUGGACUGACUGGGGUGCGAGUCCCAAGAUUGAACGAGCUGGUAUGGAUGCCUCCAGACGCCAAGUCAUCAUCUCCUCUAACCUGACGUGGCCUAACGGAUUAGCUAUUGAUUACGGGUCCCAGCGGCUGUACUGGGCUGAUGCUGGCAUGAAGACUAUUGAAUUUGCUGGGCUGGAUGGCAGCCAGAGGAAGGUGCUGAUUGGAAGUCAGCUCCCCCACCCUUUCGGGCUGACUCUAUAUGGACAGCGCAUCUAUUGGACCGACUGGCAGACCAAAAGUAUACAAAGCGCUGACCGGCUGACCGGGUUAGACCGGGAGACUCUACAGGAGAACCUAGAAAAUCUCAUGGACAUCCAUGUCUUCCACCGCCAGAGGCCUCCAGUGAUAACGCCAUGUGCUGUGGAGAAUGGUGGCUGCAGCCAUUUGUGUCUCCGGUCCCCAAAUCCAAGCGGCUUCAGCUGUACCUGCCCCACAGGCAUCAACCUGCUGAUGGAUGGCAAGACGUGUUCACCAGGCAUGAACAGCUUCCUCAUCUUCGCCAGGAGGAUCGAUGUGCGCAUGGUCUCCUUGGAUAUCCCGUAUUUUGCUGAUGUGGUGGUCCCAAUCAACAUGACCAUGAAGAACACCAUUGCCAUCGGAGUGGACCCUCUGGAAGGAAAAGUGUACUGGUCUGACAGCACGCUGCACAGGAUCAGCCGUGCCAGCCUGGACGGCUCACAGCAUGAGGACAUCAUCACCACAGGUCUGCAGACCACAGAUGGACUUGCGGUGGAUGCCAUCGGCCGGAAAGUGUACUGGACAGACACGGGGACCAAUCGGAUUGAAGUUGGCAACCUGGAUGGGUCUAUGCGGAAAGUGUUGGUGUGGCAGAACCUUGACAGUCCCCGGGCCAUUGUACUAUACCACGAAAUGGGGUUCAUGUACUGGACAGACUGGGGAGAGAAUGCCAAGUUAGAGCGGUCUGGAAUGGAUGGUUCAGAUCGCACCGUGCUCAUCAACAACAACCUAGGAUGGCCCAAUGGGCUGACUGUGGACAAGGCCAGCUCCCAACUGCUUUGGGCUGACGCCCACACUGAGAGAAUUGAGGCAGCCGACCUGAAUGGUGCCAAUCGGCAUACAUUGGUGUCACCAGUACAGCACCCAUAUGGCCUCACUCUGCUUGACUCCUAUAUCUACUGGACUGAUUGGCAGACCCGUAGCAUCCACCGGGCCGACAAGAAUACAGGCAGCAAUGUCAUCUUGGUGAGGUCCAACCUGCCAGGCCUCAUGGACAUCCAAGCUAUUGACCGGGCACAGCCACUGGGUUUCAAUAAGUGUGGCUCAGGAAAUGGUGGCUGUUCCCACCUCUGCUUACCUCGGCCUUCUGGCUCCUCCUGUGCCUGCCCCACUGGCAUCCAGCUGAAGGGGGAUGGGAAGACCUGUGACCCCUCUCCGGAGACCUACCUGCUCUUCUCUAGCCGAGGCUCCAUUCGUCGUAUCUCACUGGACACCGAUGACCACACAGAUGUGCAUGUUCCUGUUCCUGGGCUCAACAAUGUCAUCUCCCUAGACUAUGACAGUGUGGAUGGAAAGGUCUACUACACAGAUGUGUUCCUGGAUGUUAUCAGGCGAGCAGACCUGAAUGGCAGCAACAUGGAGACUGUUAUCGGGCACGGGCUGAAGACCACUGAUGGCCUGGCAGUGGACUGGGUUGCCAGAAACCUGUAUUGGACAGAUACAGGCCGAAAUACCAUUGAAGCAUCUCGUCUAGACGGUUCCUGUCGCAAAGUGCUGAUCAACAACAGUCUAGACGAGCCCCGGGCCAUUGCUGUUUUUCCCAGAAAGGGGUACCUCUUCUGGACAGACUGGGGCCACAUUGCCAAGAUCGAGCGGGCAAACCUGGAUGGUUCUGAGCGGAAGGUCCUUAUCAACACAGACCUAGGCUGGCCCAAUGGCCUUACCUUGGACUAUGAUACCCGCAGGAUCUACUGGGUAGAUGCCCAUCUGGAUCGGAUCGAGGGUGCUGACCUCAGUGGGAAGCUACGGCAGGUCUUGGUCAGCCAUGUGUCCCACCCCUUUGCCCUCACACAGCAGGACAGGUGGAUCUACUGGACAGACUGGCAGACCAAGUCCAUCCAGCGUGUCGACAAGUACUCAGGUCGCAACAAGGAGACAGUGCUGGCCAAUGUGGAGGGACUCAUGGACAUCAUCGUGGUGUCCCCUCAUCGGCAGACAGGGACCAAUGCCUGUGGUGUGAACAAUGGUGGCUGUACCCACCUCUGCUUUGCCAGAGCCUCUGACUUUGUGUGUGCCUGUCCUGAUGAGCCCGACAGUCAGCCCUGCUCCCUUGUCCCUGGCCUAGCGCCUCCCGCUCCCAGAGCUACCAGCAUGAGUGAAAAGAGCCCAGUGCUACCCAACACAUUGCCCACCACCCUGCAUUCUUCUACCACCAGGACCCGCACAGCUCUGGAGGGGACAGGAGGAAGAUGUUCUGAAAGGGAUGCCCAGCUGGGUCUCUGUGUACAUUCCAAUGAGGCUGUACCUGCUGCUCCAGGUGAAGGACUUCACAUCAGCUACGCCAUCGGUGGGCUCCUCAGUAUUCUGCUGAUUUUGAUGGUGAUCGCAGCUUUGAUGCUAUACAGACACAGAAAAUCUAAACUCACGGAUCCUGGGAUGGGAAACCUGACCUACAGCAACCCCUCCUACCGAACUUCCACCCAGGAAGUGAAAAUUGAAGCAGUUCCCAAACCAGCCAUGUAUAAUCAACUGUGCUAUAAGAAAGAGGGUGGACCUGACCACAACUACACCAAGGAGAAGAUCAAGAUUGUAGAGGGAAUUUGCCUCCUCUCUGGAGAUGAUGCUGAAUGGGAUGACCUCAAGCAACUGCGAAGCUCCCGGGGGGGCCUUCUACGGGAUCAUGUGUGCAUGAAGACAGACACAGUGUCCAUCCAGGCCAGCUCUGGCUCCCUAGAUGACACGGAGACAGAGCAGCUGCUGCAAGAAGAGCAGUCUGAGUGUAGCAGUGUCCACACUGCAGCCACGCCCGAAAGACGGGGCUCUCUGCCAGACACGGGCUGGAAACAUGAACGCAAGCUCUCCUCAGAGAGCCAGGUCUAAGUGGCCACAUUCUCUUCCCUGCCUGCCCGCUCCUUCUCCUCUGUGGACCUCUGACCCUCGUGCUCACAUAACAGCAGACCCCUUUCCCGUGUGCUCCUCUUCCUCCUCCCACCCCAAACUGCUUCCAAGCCCCCUUAGAACCUGUUACUCACCUGAGUCCACAACUUACCUGGGGACAAGAAAUGAGGGCACAUCUCAAGAAUUUAGACCUGUUUACCAUGAACCUCACCUCUAGUGCUCUAUCCUGGGCCCCCUGAAACUGGGCUCAGCAUGAUUCCUGGUCAGCACAGAGCUUCAUCUCUCUUUCCCCUGGCACCUUCUGUGCCCUGCCCCAGAAUACCGAUGCAAUUGAUGAUGUAAGACUCUUCCCCAUCACAGCUGACAUGAUGGUUUCUCUGUGAACCGGCCUACUAGGGGCUGGGACUGGAGGUCACAGGUAAAGGGUAAUGGAUAGAGGUUGAGAGAAGGGAAAAUCAUCCCAGCUGGUCUGGGUGUUUGGGAAACCUCCAGCCUCAUAUGUUGGUAAUGAUGAAAAGUUUUUGUGGGGUACUUGAGUCCUGGUGUCUUGUCCAUUGCUGGCAGUGGACAUUCUUCUCACCCAGGAGUCACAGCUUUGUCAGCUGUGAUACAGGUGAAGUGUGAGUAUGGCUUAAGCUGUUCUUCCUGCUGGAAUGUCUGGGGCCAUUUCUACCUUGGAUAACUGGAGGCCCCUGUCAUGGUAACUCACAAAUAGGAACUCCCUCCUGGUGCUGCUACUGGCCAGUACUCUUCCUAAGCCUUUAACUAUGCUGUGAGCUUGAGUGAACAGCAGGUGGGCCUUGGAGACUGGACCUCUAAGACUUUUGAGAAGCUCUGCAUAGAUUAAGCACAGUAUCCUAUGGGCUUCACUAUUCUUUCCCUCUCCCAUUCUCCGCGGUUCUAAGAGAAGCACUUCUCUAACAGUCUCUCAAAGAAUGACUAGACAUUUUCCUAAAUGGUCAGGAAGAACACCUAGAGAGAGAGACAAGAUACCCAGGGGCCCUGGAGAAGUAUUACGAGGUUCAUUCUCAAGUGCUCAGGGACACAAGUUCAUGGACACCACCUGUGGCUUUAGGGUGGAAAAGCCCACAUGCCAACUCUGCCCAGCCACUGCCCACACUAAACUGCCACCACUUGCGUCAUGCUCCUUUAGACCAAGGGCUUCUCUCAGCAGAGCUGAGACCUUUUCGUGUUGUCCUAAAAUGUCUUCCCGGCUCUUCACUUCUGAGAGAGGGGAGUCUAGGUUUGCUUUUUCUACUCUAUCCUUACGUCACCAUCAGUCUCAAAGGUCCAGUGAUGAAGAGGGCCAAUGACGAUGCAAAGUGGUGAGCCAGGAGAAGAAAGGCAGUAAGAACUAGUCCAGCGCAAGCCCAGGCACUUCUCUCUAGAAACUGAGGCGACAGGAGAGAUUGACAGGAGCUGAGAAUGGAGGGGAGAGCUUUUAGGGGAAUUUUCCUGAUUUAAAACAUCUCUCAUGGUUAUUGCUAUUCAGAGAUCAGCAGCAAAGCAUAUGCAUGAAAAACAGGACAAGAUCAAAUCUUCUCUGGUUAGUUACAGGAGUAGGAGACAGAUGUCAAAGCAUUAGUCUUGUUCUCAGGCCUUUUCCAGUGCACCAAUUAAAAAAGUACAGUGCCACUCCUAAGAGGAAGUAGGGACAUUGCACGCUGAAUGAGGCAGCAUUUGAGUCUUUAAAUUCAUAGUUGGAGAGGAGGAAAAAAAAAAAAAAAACAAGAGUAGCAUCCUCCUGAGUGGAAAGGGGCAAGGUUCUUAUUGCACUUGGGCUGUUCGGAAUGUAGAAAGGACAUAUUUGAGGAAAUAUCUAUUUGAGCACUGAUUUACUCUGUACAAAGGGCAAAAUCUCUCUGUCCUAAACUAAUGGAAUUGAUUUUCCCAUGCUCAUGUGUAAUGAUUUUAACAUUACUUACUGGAGAGAUUGGACUUUCUGGAGUUAUUUAACCACUAUGUUGAGUGUUUUAGGGCUUUAUGAUAAUUUAAUAUAAAUUUAGCUUUUCUUAAUUACUUUGGCUGGCUUGGAGUCAUGACUAAUCUUGCACUUACACUAUCUGGCAGACUCAUGCUGUGGAAACCCUGCUUGGGGACAUCACCUCUUACAUCUUCAGAGAUGUGUCAACCAUGAAGGGAUAAAAAGGUGUAGGGUUUGUGUUGGAGUUUCAGCUCAUCUUGAGAACACAGGUCAAGAUGAGAGAGUUCACUGACAUGACGCCCUGAUUUCCUGUAGAGGAAGGAUGGCAGAGAGGUUUCGUCUUGAAUGCAGCUCAUUGGGUUGACAGAAGCUGCCUGAGCUCCUGUCCAGACAGGAUCACAAUCGUGAUCAUUAGUGACAUCUCCAGGCUCCAGAAACUCUGUCAUGGCAUGUAUACCAUGAAUCUUCUACUUCUGUUUUCAUUCACUGAGGUCUCCCAUGUCACAGAACUUGACUUUGCCUUGCAAUGAUGGUGACCAGCAAAACUGUCCAACACAGUGGGAAAAAUCCCAGAACACGACUGGCAAUAUUUCUAGCACCACACAUGCACAGACUCCAGUUUUUAAACAGCUACAUUCUUUUGGGCGUGGGGAUGCACACCUUUGAUCCCAGCACUUGGAGGCAGAGGCAGGUGGAUCACUGUGAGUUCAAUUCUAGCCUGGUCUACAGAGCUAGUGCCAGGACAGCCAGAGCUACACAGAGAAAGCUUGUCUUGAAAAACAAAACCAAACCAACCAAAAACCUAUUCUCCUAAUUUGCCUGCUGUAUGUCGAGGCUGGAAUAAGACACUAAGGAGCCCAUCAGGUUCUCUGGGUAUGUUAUUCCAGUAAAAGCAGGAAACUUUUUAGUCCUAGUGCUAUGUACUUGUAGAGUUUGGUUUCAGGUUUCAGUGGCUGAUUUUCUAAAGCCUAAACGGUUGCUAGAAUAAUGUUCCCACUCAAGGGACCACCCAUACCUAAACAAUACAGUCUCAGUUUGGAGUCGAGCAGCAGCACCCUCGCCAUCCCCUACUCGCCCAAAAGAACAAGUAAAAGAAAAAUAAGAAAGUUGUUUUUAAUUGACAAGAGAUCUGGGUCUAAACCACAAUGUCUAGUUUGGCCCGUUUGGGCAGUGGGUAGGUGUACCAGAAACAAAACUCAAUGAAAUAGUUCUAGGACAACUAAACCCAUUCUCCUCCAAGAUUCUUGAAAAAGAAAACAAAACUGCAGAACAAGAACAGAAGCUUAGACUCUUGAGGCUGAGAGGAGGGUUGAGAAUCCUUGUCUGGAUCUCCAGAUACAAAGCCUGAACCCUAUACCGGCAGAAGAUGCGUCAGAUUCUAACCAACUGGGACUAGGGAGAUAGCUCAGUCAGUAAAGGCCUUGCUUUUCUGUGGGGCAUGGUGGGCAUGGUGGGCAUGGUGGCAGAUGUGGUAGACCAGCCUGUUCUAGUGAGUUCAAGGCUAGUCAGGGCUCCAUAAUGAGACCCUGUCUAGAAAAAAAAAAAAAAAAAAAAAAAAAAAAAAAAAGCAAGAAUGAUGGCAUGCACUUGAAAUCCCAGCAUUGGAGAGGUGAUCCCUAGGCUUACUGGCCAGCCAGCCUAGCCUAGUUGGUGAGCUGCAGGACAGUGUGAAGGAGUGUUGUCUGGAUGGCUCAUGAGGGGUGACACCCAAGGUUGUCUUUUGGCCUCCAUGUACACACACAAAUACACACCCAUCACAGAAUUCUAAUAAACUACACUAGUGCCUGUAAUCCCAGCAUUCUGGAGGCUGAGACAGGAACAUUCUGAGUUUGAGGCCAGCCUGGGCUAGUGAGAGUUGUCUUCAAAAAUGAACAAAACAAGCUGGAGAUGUCUCUGCCAUUAAGGGCACUUGCUGCUCUCGUAGAGGACCUGGGUUCAAUUCCCAAUACCCACAUCGUGACUCACAACCACCUUUAACUCCAGUUCCCAGGGGAUCUGACGCCCUCUUCUGGUUUCCAUGGGUGCCGGGCACAUUUGUGGUAUAGGCAGACAAAACACUCAUGCAUAUAAAAAUAAAAGUAAAUAUAUUUUUUUAAAACACCAAAAUGGGUUGAAGAAAUAGCUUGGCAGUUAAGAGUGCUUUCUCCUCUUCCAGAAGACUCAGGUUUGAUUCCCAGCACCCACACGGCAGCUCACAACCACCUGUAAUUCCUGUUCCAAGGAAUCUGACUUUGGCCUCUUUGGGCAUUGAAAGCAUAGAGUGCACAUACAGGUACAUACACAUUUUUUUAAAAAAUCAACAAAACAAACCUUAACCAUAUUUUUACAAAUUACAUUCAAAAUGAGGUCACUGCCUUUCAGUAUUAUAAGAACAAAGGUGGAACCUAAGAUGAAAAGGUCUGUGGCCCAUAGGACACUCUAAUUAGGAUGGUCUAGUGAAGAGAAUUUUUAUAUUGAUUGUGUGUGUGCGCGCGUGCGUGCGUGCGCGCGCACAUGACAUUGCACUCAUGUAUAAGGCAGUCAGAGGAGAAACUGGGAAUCAGUUCUGUGACUUGGGAACCCAGGCCGUCAGUCCUGGCAGCAAGCAGCUUUACCCGUUGAGCAUCUCAGACCCUGGUAGGAAGUUCUUUGUGACGUGAGUUGACACUUAUCCGAACCUAGGCCUACAGGAAACCGAAAAGCAGUGAUGACGAGCAGUUUAGCAGCGUUUGCUGUGGAAAGGGUACUAACAUUUGAAGAGUUCUCGGAUUUCUAUUUACGGGCAUAGUUACAAAGGAAAUGUGGUCGAGGAUCUGGGGAUGUAGCUUACUGAUAGACCUCUUGCCGAGCGUGGGCACAGAGGCCUGAACUGUUCCCUCAGCACUGCCGCCCCACAAAGGGGAAGAACAAUUGAGUCUCUUUUGUGUUUUUUCAGACUCUACGGCUUUUCCUCAUUCAGAAAGAUGACUCAAGUGUUCAGCCAGUUUCUGUUUCCAAACAUUCCCUUGCUUGCCUAUUUAUUUGUCUUCUAGAUCAUUCUCUUGCUUCACAUAGAGGAACAGUUUUGUUUCCAGUUAAGACUCCGGCUCCAAACUUUGAAUUUCUUAGCGUAGUGCUGAAACAGACUCAGACAGCCUAAGAUUCUGAGUUUAAACCCAAGGUUAAGUUAGUUACUAAGCUACCUAACCUACUUGUUUCACUUUGUUGGACAUGAAGAGCCAAGAACUCACAUAGCCUGUCUUUCCCUGUGCUUUAAGAGCCAUUGUUGACGGCUAAUGAGGCUUCUGUCUUUCCCUCUGCCUCCUUCCUCUUUUAUGAGGCUGAUGUUUCUGUGGUCCAAGUUCCCUGGAAUAGUCUGCAUUUUGGGAGCUGGAAAAACGGGCUCUAAGGAAAGGAAAGACAUUGUUUAAAAGGUUAUUUUUUCCUUCAUUUAACCGGCACCUAUUAACUGUGACAGGGUGCAUGCUAGGAAAGGCUUCAUGAUCUCGGAGACUAGUUAAAGCACAAAUCCUGUAGCCACUUGAGAUGUGUAUUAGUGUCACCAUCAUCUCCGGAGGAUUAUUCAGGAGCAUGUCGAUGGAAGGCAGAAGGACUUCAAUCACUGAAGCUGUUCCUCAUAGGCUGGAAAUAAGGAGCUACAUCCCAGGGUUGGGAUGCGGUUUGUGAUUAUAAACCGAAAGAGCACCUGCUCCAACCCUAAUGGACUUUUUGGAAAUGCCUAACAGUUACUCAGCAGCCACAGUACUUGACAUGAAUUUCCUGUUUCUGGUUCCAAGAAUACAGUGUUCGCUUUGAUC